UCAGCCUUACUGUUAACCGUUAGAUUCGAUGGAGGCGAUCGAGGAGUUGGCUCAGCUUGCCGAGUCGAUGCGACAAGCGGCGGCGCUACUUGCCGACGAAGACGUUGACGAGAGUCCAAGCUCGAAUUCUCGCCGGACUUCGACUUUUCUCAACGUUGUGGCGCUUGGGAAUGUUGGUGCUGGUAAAUCUGCCGUUUUGAACAGUUUGAUUGGGCAUCCAGUUUUGCCAACUGGUGAAAAUGGUGCCACUCGAGCUCCAAUAAGCAUUGAUUUACAGAAGGAUGGUUCUUUGAGCAGCAAAUCAAUUAUUUUGCAAAUUGACAAUAAGUCGCAACAGGUUUCUGCAAGUGCUUUAAGGCAUUCUUUACAGGAUAGGCUUAGUAAAAGUGCCUCAGGCAAGAGUCGGGAUGAAAUAUAUUUGAAGCUACGCACAAGUACAGCACCUCCCUUGAAGUUAGUUGACUUACCUGGAAUGGAUCAAAGGAUUAUGGAUGAGUCAAUGGUUAGCGACUAUGCUGAGCGCAAUGAUGCAAUUUUAUUAGUUAUUAUUCCUGCUGCCCAAACACCUGAAAUUUCUUCAUCUCGAGCUCUCAGAAUUGCCAAGGAGUAUGAUGGAGAAGGAACCAGAACCAUUGGUGUAAUAAGUAAAAUAGAUCAAGCUUCUGCGGAUCCGAAAGCUCUCGCUGCUGUUCAGGCUCUCCUUUUAAACCAAGGUCCACCAAAAACAGCUGAUAUCCAAUGGGUUGCAUUAAUUGGUCAAUCAGUAUCUAUUGCUUCUGCUCAGUCUGGAUCUGAGAGCUCCUUAGAAACUGCAUGGAAGGCAGAGAGUGAAAGUCUCAAAUCCAUACUGACUGGAGCCCCUCAAAGUAAAUUAGGCAGAAUAGCUUUGGUGGAUGCUCUGGCGCAGCAGAUUCGCAAGCGUAUGAAAAUCCGGGUUCCAAACCUCCUCUCUGGGUUACAAGGGAAGUCUCAAAUAGUUCAGGAUGAAUUAGUUCGGCUUGGUGAGCAGAUGGUCCAAAGUGCUGAGGGCACAAGAGCUUUAGCUUUGGAACUUUGCCGUGAAUUUGAAGAUAAGUUUCUUCAACACAUUACAACUGGUGAGCCAAUCCAAUGUUUCAUGAGAGAACGAAACACAUUGAGAUUGACUGCCACUUUAGAUAGUUUACAAGGCGUUAAAAAGAGGGAGAGAAAAAGGGUGUUUGUAAUUGUAGGAGAGGAAGCAAUAAACAUAAGUGGGGGCCAACAGGGGAAGGAAACAAAUGCUUAUGUGUUGUGGAAUAAGCUAGAUGAGUUAUAUGCUGGAAAAACAGGUGGCAACAAACUGUAUUUGAUGAAAAAGUUUAUGAACUUGAAGUGUAGAGAUGGUACUGCUAUUACUGACCACUUGAAUGAUAUGCAAGGUAUUAUUGAUCAAUUGGCCACUAUGAAAAUCUAUUUUGAAGAUGAGGACUCCAGUUGGGUCAUUGAUAGUGGUGCCACCAUACAUGCUACCUCCAAAAAGAAUUUCUUCUCACCAUACACACCAAGAUCAUUCGAUAUAGUGAAGAUGAGAAAUAAUGGUACGCCCAUGAUUAUUGGUAUAGGUGAUGUAUGCUUGGAGACAAGCAAUGGUAGUAAGCUGACUUUGAAAAAUGUAAAACACAUUCCUGAUAUUAGGAUGAAUUUGAUUUCAGGUGGAAAGCUUGAUGAUGAGGGUCAUUGCAACAUCUUUAGUGAAGGACAAUAA